UUAAGGGUUUUGGCACUGCUUCUAACAGUGGCGGCAGCCAUAAUUGUGGGAGUAAAUAAGCAGACAAAGUUCGUCUCUGUUCAGUUCACACCGGCCUUCCCUCCCGUCGACGGUGCUGCGAAAGUUAAGUGGCACUAUUUCUCUGCCCUUGUGUAUUUGAUGGUGGCAAACAUAGCAGCAUGUGCAUAUGCAGCAAUUUCGACUCUCAUCGUGUUAGCGACCAGAACUGCAGCCAUAGGGUUUGCCCAAACCAUCAUCAUCUUCGACGUAACCGUCGUUGGGCUGCUGUUUUCGGCCAACGGGGCGGCCUUGGUCGUCGGUAUCAUCGGCUACAAAGGGAAUUCACAUCUUCAAUGGAACAAAGUCUGCAAUGUUCUCGACAGUUUCUGUGACAGAAUCGCCAUUUCCAUUGUUUUGUCUUUGGUUGCUUCUUUUGCCUUCGUUGCUUUGGUUUCCUUGGUUGUUCUGUCUUUGCAGAAGAGAUUUGCACCUAGAAAUUAAAAAAGAAUAAUUAUAUUAUUGUUUGAUGCUUUUAUUAUGUAAAGAAAGUAAAAUUA